AUGCCGCUCCAGAAGUCGUAUUCUGAGCGGAUUGGGCUCCCAAGACAACGCUCACCGUGGCAGCGGUCUCACAGCCACCCAAAUAACUUGCAGGCCCCAAACUCGAAGAAUCUGAUUCCCAUCUCCGACGUGACAAAGAAAAAGCUCAACAAGUUCCUCUACCAAGACUCCAAAGAUGGGUCCGCAGCAAAACAAGGCGUAGAAGCGAGGGGCCGCGGGACAACCUCAGCCUCCAACUCGGAAACGCCCUCCAACCUGAAGAUGAUUGGAAACAGUGCCACUCCGGUGACUCGGCUGAACUGGAGCGACCUCCUCGAGCCAUGCAGCCAGGCCGAGGAGGAUACCAGCACUUCUCCCAGCGAAAAGCUGCUGUGGAAUAACAAACAGGAUCCCAAUGCAUUCGCCACUAUUUCGCCGAUGAUGCCCCGUAAAGGCAGAAAGAGAGCCAGGAGCUCUUCGCCGAUCUCUUCGCCUCCCACCGAACGAAUUGCCACGCCGACGGUUAAUGUCAAGAAACUCGCCAAAGCGUUAAAGGGGCCUCAUCCCGACCCGACUCUGGAGCUGUGGGAUCGUUACUCGCUGAAUGGGCCCGAGGGACAGUCUGCCAUCACUGGGGUGACGAAUCCCAUCCUUGCCCAGUUGAUGGUAUCGUCAUCUCCGCGACCUUCUAAAAACCAGGCUGCACAAGUGGAACAGGGGGACUUGCGCCGGGCUGCUAGCUGUGGAUUCAAUUGGACCAAGAGGAGGAGGGUUGAGAAGUCCAAGUCUGGCAGUCAGAGUAGCACUGGUCAGCGAGAGCUGGAGGCUGCGUCCAAGUCGUCUCUUGUCACAGCGUUACUGGAUUCAGUCACGAGUAGUAUUCACGACCAGACCCCGGACGAAGACGCCGAUAUUGGAGCCAUGGACUCACCGUCUCUUAAGAAGAGGCAAACUGCACCCCAAAAGAACAACUCGCCGUCGAGGAAUGCAAGGCGUCGAUUACCAAGCCCUACCGUUUCGGACUAUGGCGACGAUGAUGAUCUAGAUGAUGAGCUGUUAAUGCUUGAAGAAACCUUGCUGGCAUCCCAGGCAUCCCAAACAAUUCGGGCGUCUCAAGUGGCAGAGUCUACUACAAAGGGUGAUGGAAGCACAGAGAGAGCAGAGAAACAAGACAGGCGGGGAUUGGAGAAGAAACCGGCUUUGGAUGAAUUUGACGAUUUUGAUGACGACAUAUUCGACGGCGCGGAUGAUUUGCUGGGAGGUUUGGAGACCCAGACUCCAGUGCCAGCGAGAAGGACGCAAAGGGCAAUGAAAACGUCCCCCCAAAAAAAACCCCCGAAGAAGCAAGUUGAUCUGGAUGACGAAUUUGAUGAUGUAUUUGACGGCGAUGUCGACUUUGAAGCGGUUGAAUACGCUGCGACUCAAGCGGUCCAGCAGCGAAACUCUGCCUCAACAGCUAACAAGAAGAAAAUCAAGACUAUUCAGCGAUAUUUAGUAACUAGUGUCUUAGACGGUGAAUACGUCGAUCAAUACAACCGCACCUGUCCGGAAAAGAUCUUAUUGAUUCAAGCGGAUGGCUCCAAGUCUUCACGGACUGUACAGCUGCGAGGUUCUUGGUUCGAUACGCCGGCGCACCCUGAUUCCUACGUCCAUGUCAUUGGAGAGUUUUCACUAAAAGGGCAGUGCAUUGUGGACGAUGCCCAAAAUCUGCUCAUUCUGCACCCCGAUCAGCUGGUGUCCGCAACUGUUGUUGCUGAUUCUUUUGGCUGCAUGCGGCGAGCUGUUCUCCAAGAUCGAGUCAAGGCAACCAGCGAGGCUUCCCCUCCACUGGUCUACGGAACGAUGCUGCACGAAAUCUUCCAGGCAGCAUUACUCGCCAACAACUUUGAUCUCCCUUUUCUAUCUCAGUUGAUUGAUAAGAACAUUGAGAAACACAUUGAGGAUUUGUAUACAAUUAAAGUUGGCAUUGCGGCUGCGAAAGAACACCUUCAAUCAAAAAUGACUGAGCUCAGCUAUUGGGCUCGGAGUUUUGUUGCGUCUCAACCGCAGACCGAUGCCAUUGUCGAGGGAAGAAAUGGUGAUAGGGCUACUAUCGCCGUUAGAAAGUUGCUUGACGUAGAAGAGCAUGUCUGGUCGCCUAUGUAUGGACUGAAGGGAAACAUUGAUGCAACAGUCGAAGUCGCAAUGUUGGACGGCAAGCAGAGCCAAGUGUUGACAGUACCAUUCGAAGUCAAGACUGGCAAACAUGCCAACAGCAACCACAUGGCGCAGACGGCUCUCUACACUCUCCUACUAUCGGACCGUUAUGACAUUGAUAUUGCCUAUGGUAUUUUAUACUACAUGGAGACAUCUAAAACGAUGCGAAUUCCCGCCAUUAGACAUGAACUUCGACACAUGGUUAUGCAGCGAAACCAACUAGCAUGUUAUAUCCGAGAGCGAAGCGUCCAACUACCUCCCAUGCUAAAGAGCAAGCACAUGUGUGGAAAGUGCUAUGCAAAGACUUCCUGUUUCAUCUAUCACCGGCUAGCUGAUGAUGGUAAUGGGGAAUCUAGCGGCAUGAAUGAGAAGUUUGACGAAGUCAUCAAGCAUUUAACGCCAAAACAUCAAGAUUUUUUCAUCAAGUGGGAAAACUUGCUUACAAAGGAAGAAAAGGAAGGGCAAAAGACUAAGAGGGAACUUUGGACGAUGACGAGUGCUGAGCGUGAGAAAAAAUCUCGGUGCUUUUCCGAUGUCAUCAUUGAAGAAGGGUCUGCGUUGGUCGAUGAGGAUAACCCACGGAUUAAUCGAUACCACUACACCUUUAUCAAACGCGAGCCUCCGCCUAAUUUUACGUUUAUCGGAUCAGAAUUGACGGUUGGCGAGCCAGUUGUCGUUUCAGACGAAGAAGGGCAUUAUGCUCUGGCGAUUGGCUACAUCACUUCUGUUCGAAAGCAAAGGAUAAGCGUUGCGGUCGACCGGCGAUUACACAAUGCGAGAAUUCGACAGCCUGGAUUUGACGAAGUCAGCAAUCAAGUCUUCGCUAGUAUUAUGGAAGUUGCGCCAGAGGGCGCAUCUAUUGAUCAGAGCCAAGGGAAAAUCAAGGAGGCGCCAAUCAGAUACCGCCUUGAUCAGGACGAGUUCAGCAAUGGCAUGGCCACUGUGAGAAACAACUUGAUCCAGAUGAUGGCGAAUGAUGUGCCGGCCGCGGUGCAGAUUCGCAACUUGAUUGUGGAUUUGGUUCCUCCUAGAUUUAAAACAGUGGCAACGCAAUACACCGUCACAGACGGGGAGAACUUGAAUGUCGAUCAGAAGCGAGCAAUCGAAAAGGUCAUGAGCGCGCAGGAUUAUGCGCUUGUACUAGGAAUGCCUGGCACCGGCAAGACGACUACCAUUGCUCAUAUCAUCAAGGCUCUCGUUUCGCAAAACAAGACAGUGUUGCUGACAUCUCAUACGCACACUGCUGUUGACAACAUCCUCCUCAAGCUCAAGUCGGAUAAAAUCCCCAUCCUCCGACUUGGCGCUCCUGCAAAGGUUCACCCCGAGGUUCAAGAUUUUGCACAUCUCGCGGGUCAGCCGAAGAAGACGUUUGAGGAGAUUAAGGAAGCGUGGCACGGAACACCAAUUGUCGCCACGACUUGUCUGGGAAUUAAUCACCAAGUCUUCUUGGAGCGCUCCUUUGACUACUGCAUCGUAGAUGAGGCAUCACAGAUUACGUUGCCCAUCUGCGCCGGCCCAAUUCGACUGGCAAGGACGUUUGUUCUAGUAGGAGACCACAACCAGCUUCCCCCUGUGGUGAAGAAUGAAGAGGCCAGGCUAGGCGGCUUGGAUGUGAGUCUCUUCAAACUACUAUCAGAUACGCACCCGCAGUCUGUCGUCAACCUGGAGCACCAGUACCGUAUGUGCGAAGAUAUUAUGACUCUCAGCAACACCCUCAUCUACAAUGGCAGACUUCGCUGUGGCACGGAAGCUUUGCGCAAGAAGAAGCUUCACAUUCCCAGCAUGGAGUCUCUCAGACAGCGCCACCACGACUCAACAACGAUACAUCGCUCUGGAACAACUGGCUCGUUUUGUACCGGGCCCGUCCCUUCACGAUGCUGGCUUUACGAUCUCCUGGAUGCUGAAGCUCGCGUUCGGUUUGUUGACACCGAUACAAUUCGUCCACAAGUUCGAGAAGAGGCUCAAGGCAAGCGUAUCAUUAACUCGGCCGAAGGACAAGUCGUUUCACAACUUGUCGAAAGCUUGCUUACUGUAGGCGUGCCAGCCACCGAGAUUGGUGUCAUGACACAUUACCGUGCGCAGCUACACCUCCUAAAGGAUAAGCUCAAGCACUUUCCUGGUGUGGAAAUGCACACAACGGAUCGCUUUCAGGGGCGAGACAAGGAGGUCAUUGUACUGAGCCUGGUACGAAGCAACGAGGCGUGCAACAUCGGAGAUCUGCUCAAAGACUGGCGGCGUAUCAACGUGGCGUUUACCCGUGCAAAGACGAAGCUGCUCGUUGUGGGCAGCAUGGGCACCCUCAAGGGAAGCGGAGAUGAGAAUAUGCUGAGCAAAUUCAUCUCGCUGAUGGACGAUCGUAAUUGGAUAUAUCACUUGCCGGAUAACGCGCUUCAGAAUCACUGUUUUGAAGAUUUGAGCACACAGCUCACAACGCAGCGGACGCCCCGGAGGUCACCAAAGAGGCCAACCAGGGUGAGUCCUACUUCGUAUAAGGACAAGGAGAAUAAGAGGCCGUCACCGAGAAGAGCAAGGAUGGGCGAGGGGAUGCUACUCAAGGACAAGCUGAUUACGAAGGAUAUACUGAAUGAAAUGACGAAUGGCGCAUAUUGA